CUUUUGCAGCCAACGCUCUUCCGAGAAUUUCCAAGGGGACCUCGGCCGGGAAGGGGAGGGAUCCUCCCACGCACGGGGAGACCGAAGGGCACCGCUCCCCGCGCCGCGCCCGCCGCCGAGCCCGGAGUGCGGACACCCCAGGGAUGUGAGUGCGCCCCCGACCCCGAGGCCCGCGCUCCACGCCCCGAUCCGCGCUCCCCUGGGAGAGAAGACACCCUCCCCACACAGGCCUGCACCCCAGAGGACCCCCUCCUGCGGUGCCCGCGCCUCCCCCAGGCCUGCCCGGAGCAUGCUGCCCGCGGCCAUGAAGAGCCUUGGCCUGGCGCUGCUGGCCUUGCUGUUGUGCCCCGCACCCGCACGGGGCCUGUGGUGUCAGGACUGCACUCAGGCCAACUCCAGCCGUUGCACUCCGAAGCAGUGCCAGCCCACCGACACCGUUUGUGCCAGUGUCCGGAUCACCGACACCAGCAGCAGCAGGAAGGAUCAUUCCGUGAACAAGAUGUGUGCUUCCUCCUGUGACUUCGUUAAACGGCACUUUUUCUCAGACUAUCUGAUGGGGUUCAUUAACUCUGGGAUCUUAAAAGUCGACGUGGACUGCUGCGAGAAGGAUUUGUGCAACCAGGCAUCUGCAGCAGGACGCAGCCCCUGGGCCCUGGCUGCCGGCCUCCUGCUCAGCCUGGGGCCUGUUCUCCUCUGGGCUGGGCCCUAAUGUUCCUUCCCUCCUCCUACAGGGCUUUGGAGCUUGUCCCCUGACCCUGUUGCUGCCCCUCUCCCAGCCUGGCCUGGCUGUGUCUGGGACAGCAAUAGCUCAGAAUCGAGGUUUGUGGCUCUCAACCUCCCCACAUGUGAGGCUUCUCCCCUCUCUCCACCAGCUCCAUAUCCCAGGUAGCUGGACCUCUCCAGGAGACCAGGCAUCCUGGAAGAAAGCUGGGGGCGGGGGUGAGGGCAGGGGGCUGGGCCCCCCAAGUCCCCAAGGGGAGGGGAGGCCAAGCCAGGGACAGCCCAGCAGCCUGGCAUGAGGGGCAUUAACUACAGAGAAAUAAAGUCACUUCUAAGUCCUGA